AUGACACCCCAGUCAGAACAACCCGAGAUCGACUCGCGAAUGGCUGCAGACCAAUUGCACCCAGCCACUCCUCAACCAGUGCGCGACACCAGCAGUAGUGAAGAGCUGCCAUUGCUUGGAGAUGAAGAACAAGAUCAAGUUCGUGCUAGUGCCGCUCGUCGCAGGCAGGCGUAUGUUGAUCCCGAUGACCCCAUAGUCUCGCCCAUGAACCUCAAAUGGAUCAGAAUCCUCCAUUAUAGCGUUGGAGUUCUCAUGAUGGUAAACUUUAUAGUACUUCUGGGGAUUUUGAUUUCUCAGUUCAUUGCCAUUCCUGGCUUUACAGGAAGAGGGUUAUCGUUCACGUUGUUUGAUUUGGUAGUCAUAUGUUUGGUGGCCGAUUUCCUUGUGUAUUGGAAGUUUACUGUGGCAGGAAAAUGGGAAAGAGUAGGAAGUUACAUUUGUAUCUCUCUAUUGGUAAUUGAUUUGGUGGUGGUAUUGACUGUUGGUGGGAUCCGUGAUGUAUAUGGAUUUUUAGGUGCUGCAUUAAUUCUUUGGACUCUUGCGACAUUUGUAUUCACGACUAUAUGUGACUAUAAGGUAGAACAAUCCAGGAAGGCUCAAGAGAUACGGUAUACGGGUAGAGUUGAGAAAAGACGGUCUAUAGGCGAGUUAUUGGUUCUCUUUUUGAAAGCUAUAUUGAAAUUGGGGUUGGUGUGGUUGGUAUGGUGUUUGAGUCUAACAUUAUAUCUUCAAGCAUUUGAUACUCACAUCAAACCUUGGGGCAAAUUGAUUCCUGUUCACAAUAAUGAAUUUAAGGUUCAUUUGGCUUGUUUUGGAGAUGUCCAUCUGAAUAAAACUUUGGUGGAAACUCAAUAUUCUUCUUCCAAACUCCAACCUAUUGUGUUGGUUGAAGGAGGUCAAUUGGAUUCUAGUGAAUCGUUUCAAGAAUGGAUUGAAGAGUUAUAUCAUUUGAAAAAGAUUCAAAGAUAUUGUAUAUGGGACAGACCAGGGUAUGGGUUUUCUGAAGGAGCUCCAUCACCUCAAUCAUUCAGUAUUAUAGUUGAGUAUCUUAAUGAGGCCUUGAAUAAGGAAGGAAUUGAAGGUCCAUUUUCAUUGGUGGGAUUUGAUAUUGGUGGACUUUAUUCUAGAGUGUUUGCAGGACGCAGACCUGGUAACAUUCAUUCUAUGCUUUUAGUUGAUAGUUGGUCUGAAGACUUGUUGAAAACCAGACCAUUUGCCGGACUUAAAAACGAAAACAAAAAGGACUUUAGAGGUGUUUUGGAAUUUAUGGAUCCAUUGGUUGGUAUUAAACUUUGGUUUAGAGGUCUUGCUUCUCCAUUUGGAAUUCUUCUGAACAUUCAUUGGUUCUUCCAUCCUAAGAAGUACUCGUCUAAUUCCAGAAUCUUUGGCUCGGAAAUGGUCCGUCAACCCAAAUACUUGUUAGCAAGAUUACAAGAACAAACCACAGCUGCCAUCCUAUCAUACAACGAGGUUGUUGUUUCUGACGUCAAGAGUAUUCCUCUUAGUGUUGUAUCUUCCGAGUACAUGAUCAAGAACUCCAUCAAUUGGGGUAAAUGGCAGAGACAAUUGACUAGACUAAGUGACCAACCAGUCGAAUGGGAAAUUGUUGAAAGUGCAUCACAUUUCUUGUGGAAGAAUGCGAAGGGAAGGAAACAGUUACAAGAUGUGUUGAUACGAUUGAUUGAGGUAUAA